UUGUGUGUAUCGAUACCCGGGAGUCAGCUGUCAGCAGGAAAACUUUCUGGAAAACAAAAACAGGCCAAAUUUCCCGUAUCCGAACCAAGUCGAAAAUCAGAUCCGAAACAUGAACUGGCACACGGGCAACAUAGCGGAGGCCGUGGCGGAAUCAAAGGCCAAGGACGCCGUCUUCGUGGUCUUCAUAGAGGGUCAGGAUGAGAUGUCCAGAAAGCUGGAGCGGUUCGUGGACGACAGCCGGGUACGCUCUCGCCUGGAGACCUCGGAUUUCGUGGCCAUCAAAGUGCAGGGAAAUAGCUCCGCCUACGGACAGUUCAUGUCGCUAUACAAAGUCGUGCCCGUUCCCUCGCUCUUUUUCAUUGGCAAGUCGGGCACUCCCCUGGAAAUAGCCACUGGAAUCACGGCCAGCGUGGACGAACUCUCGGAGAAGAUCGACAAGGUGCUGAUCCUGGCGGGAAAGCGGACGGAGACCGAGGUGGCCGCCAGCACCUCCUCGAUUGCGGGGGCCCUAGAGCCCAAUUCGGUCAGGAGCUUUGCUGGAGCCGAUGACUCGGGCAGUUUGAGCAACGCGGAAUCAGUUCAAGCUCCAGAAAAGUUCGAAGCACCGGAGACUGCUUCAGUUUCAAACUUGCCAACAGAAGAAGUGGACGAACGCAAGUCGAAUCCUCCCAAUUCUCCUGCAGCCUCAAGCUAUUCCUCGAUUCCUGCUGAACUAUCAUCCUCCAGCUUGGAUGGAAACGCUGAUGUUUCACCCGCCGCUGUGGCAGCAGAAAAGAGAGCAGCGGCCACCAAAGUAGAGGCUUCGGCAUCCACAUCCACAGCUGCUCGAAACUUUGCCACCGCUAAUCUCAUACCGGCAGUGCCAUUGCUCACUCCUGCUGUUCCAGCUUCGAUACAGCUACCGGCGGAGGGACCAGGGAUCACACCCGCUGUUCCAGCAGAAGGGCCAGGAAUCACAGAGUCCGAGGAAAGGAUGGCGGAGGUUCGGAACCUCCUGGAGCAGAAGCGGAGGGAGCGUGUAGAAGAGGAGAAGCGGCUCGAGAAGGAGAACGAGCUGAGAAGACGUAGGGAGGGACGGGAGGCGCAGACCCAGCAGGCAAAGGCCAAGGAACAGGAGCUUAGGAACAUGCAGGAACAGAUUCGUCGCGAGCGUCAGGAGGAGCAGCUGGCCAGAGAGCGCAUCCGUGCCCAGAUCGCCGCCGAUCGGGCGGAGCAAGCGCAACGCUUCAAUUCUUCGGAUCUGAACAGCUCGACCAACUCGGUGGCGCCCACCGCUGCCUCCAACGCCAUCACAACAGAGUCUUCGGUGAGCUCUGUGGACGAGACGAGACUGCAGAUACGUUUGCCAGGAGGAAUACAACGCACUAAAUCAUUUCCAGCCGGCGAGGUGCUGGCCACCGUUCGUGUCUAUGUGCGAAAUGAGCUGUUGGCUGCCAGCGAUGUGCGCGAUUUUACCCUGGCCACCAGUUAUCCCAGGAGGGAGUUCCAAACGGAGGACGAGGUCAAGACGCUGAGCGAGCUGAAUCUUGUGCCUAAUGCGGUGGUGCUGGUGCUGACCAAGGACCAAGUGAAUCGUGUGGUGCGCAGCGGUGGCUCGCUUAUGACCAUGCUGGCCACAUUCAUUUGGGCCAUGAUCACACCGGCGGCCAAGGCAUUCGACUACAUCCACAAAAUGGGCCUGCGCCCGCUCACCCAGAAGUUGACCGUGCUGAUGGCCAACAUCCGGUGGCCGGGACAACAGGGCAACGUGGAGAUUCAUCAAGGCGAUGCUGCCGCCCGUCGCAACAUGGACAUGUUCUCCCUGCGACCCACACCAGCACCAGGCUACGAGUACGAUGAGCCAUCGACAUCGACGGCAAGGCCCACGACGACCCCUGGAAGCGGAGCCACGGACAGACCUACCCCGCAAACGCAACCGGGAUCAGGAAGCACUCCGCCGGCUCAUAACGUCGGACAGAGCCAAGCUUCCGGCUCCCAGUCGCAGCAAUUCCAACAGCGGCCGGGUGGAUAUCAGCCGCCAAAAUAUGGGGAUGCGAACAUUCGACGGCUGCAGGAUACCAAGAAGGACGAGAAUGAUAAGGACAAGGCCACUUACAAUGGGAACUCCACGCAGCAGCAAUAGGGCAUCACUUUCCUCGUCCAGCAGCCUCUAGAUAUACACCUAUACAAUAACCUGUUAUGCUAAAUUUAAUUAUAUCAACUUAAUAUUCCACAAAAUAUA